AUGUCUCAGUAUUUUAGAUGUCUUUUUGAACUUUUGGAAAAUACAGUUGGAGUUCGUGAUGUGAAUUUACCCAUUAAGAGUUAUAACAAUUAUAUUGGUUCAGAGACUUGUCAAAAAGUAUUGAAUCCUUAUAAGGAAAUAAGAUUGGUAAAAUUACUAACUGAUAAGCCGGAAUUUCCCCAAGGCUAUUACUUUAAGUGGUUAGCCUUUAAUCGGGAUAAUCCUGGGGAGCGGGUGUUAUUUGAUAACCAUACUGAAGCAGUGGAACCGCAUAUCGUUCGUUCGAAUAGUAUUGAAGCACUUUCUUCUAACCUGACUAAAAAUCGUUUAAGAUUAUUUGCAACUUUGGUAGAGAAAAAGCCAGUUAAUCUGACUGAAUUAGCCCAUCUAUUACAAAAAGAUUAUGCCCUAGUGCGACGGGAUGCUCGUAUCUUGGAAGGCAUGGGACUUAUUAAAUUAGAAAAAGUGACUAAGGAAGUUCAAAAUGGUCAUGGUAGCGAGGAGGUGACAGAAAAGGUGGGAAGAAAGAAAUUUAAACGAAAAGAAGUUGAGGAAUAUCUAAAAGGAGAAUGGAUUAGAGAAUUUUCCGAACCAAUUCAAGGAGUAAAAGACCAUUAUAACAUUAAGAACUGGGAGCGAUCAAUGACGGAUAUUCUUAAAGCCUGA